AUGGUAAUAAUUGAUAAACGAAUUUGGGCCAAUUUACUCAUCUUCGCUGUUACAAGCGGCGUACCCAGCGCCGGCGGCAAUGGAUGCCGCUCCCUGCCACGACUUGCGGCAGCAGCAACAACAACAGCUCCAGAUGUUUUGUUCUUAUCGGAGAUCGAGCAGGUGAACGACUUCAAAAAUCACCAGCUCCCUUUGGCACGCAUCAAGAAGAUCAUCAAAGCCGAUGAGGACGUCCGCAUGAUCUCCGCGGAGGCACCGAUUCUAUUCGCCAAGGCCUGUGAGCUUUUCAUUCUCGAGCUCACAAUCCGCUCCUGGCUUCACGCCGAGGAGAAUAAGCGCCGCACUCUCCAGAAGAACGACAUCGCUGCUGCAAUUGCCCGCGUUGAUAUCUUCGAUUUCCUUGUUGAUAUUGUGCCUCACGACGAGAUCAAGGAUGAGGCUGCUGGUAUUGGCGCCAUGGUCGGGGCCACCACAAGCGGGGUUCCCUAUUACUCCCCCAAUGGGCGGGCCUGCCGGGCCGCUUCCCCUGGGGGCAUGAUGAUUGGGAGCCCAGUGAUGGACCCCAGUGUCUAUGUGCAGCCUCCUCCAUCUCAGGCUUGGCAGAGCGUGUGGCAGACCGCAGCAGCGGCUGAGGAUACUUCCUAUGGUAGUGGACGCAGCAGCGGACAAGGCAAUCUUAACGGACAAGGAUAUGUUUCUGAUCUAAGAAUAUUUCAUAGAAGAAGUCGUGCAGGAGUUCAAAUAACAACCAUUAUCUGUAGUAAGGAUCUUUACUCCAUGGAAUCUACCCGACUGUUGGUAAUUGUUGAGAUUUUGAUAUCUGAUGGUGGUUAUUGCAAAGGAGGAUGGCGUUUUUAAAUGCCUAUGAUCUUGUACUUUGUUUUUUAUCCUUAAUGUGUCCAAAUCCUGACCUUUAAUCUUGCAUUGGCUUUCGUAAUAUUUUUUUGACUGCUCUGUUUUUUAAUCUUAUCACUGUGUAAGAAGAAGUUAUUGUUUGAUGUGUGGGAUUGUGUGUAGUGAGUUUUAAUUACCGGAGUGGACGUUUGUUGAUGCUUAGUUUGCAUUAAGUGGAUUUUUCAUGUUUUUA